UUGCUGUCAAUGGUAGCAAUACCACAGCCACAACGGCAACGCCGCCCAAUAUGACCAUUUGCAAGUCUCACAAACCAGGUGAUUUUAUUCCUGACCCUACUGACAAACACUACUACUACGAAUGCGGCCAAAGAGGUACUGCCUACCGCUUUAAGUGCUCCUCCAAUUUGAUCUUUAACAAGGAAAAGAACGUUUGCGAUUUUGACCCAAACGUCGACAAACCUAAACCUACCGCCGACCCGUCCAACCACUCAAAAACGUUUAGUUGUGAGGGCAAAAAAGACGGUUUCUACCCCGAUGAACAUGAUCGCCACAAGUUUCACGAAUGUUCCGGCGGCUACGCUACUGACUUUCAGUGCCCACCAACUACUGUUUUCAUUCCCGGCAAAAACGUUUGUGAUCAUGAAAACGCUUUUUAA